UAGUGUGUUUAAAACAAUUUAUAAGUCGACAGAGGAAAAUGGACUUACAUUUAAGGGCAACAUUGAUUUAUUUUUUAUUGUCAAUGUGUGGUGCGAUUAGUGUCGCCACCUCGGGAACAAGUGACGGAACUACAAGCCUCCCUGUGUCCGUGGCAAACAAGAGUACUGUCGGAACCACUGUAGCUGUGGCCAGCCAGUCGACCACGAACCUUUCAGCAUCCGGGAUAAACCAAAUCAACCAUGGCACUGUAAAUAAUACAUCAACUCCAGUUAACACAAACUUUUUUGAUAAUAUCCAAAAAUUCCUUCAAAAUUCUCAGGUUGCCAAUCUUAUUCAGAAACAAAUCGGAGAUUUCAUUAAAUCUAACAAUGUGUCGUUUCCUAUCUCUAUCAUGACCCCUGAAAAUCUACAGAAAGUCCUCCAGUUACUAGGACCAGGUUCUGGCUCCACCAACCUACAAGGACUUUCUCAAUAUGCGGGAUUGCUCGGGGACAUCUCAAACGAAAUCCGGAAUGUCACUGAGGAAUUGGAACAAAACAUUGGUCCUCAGUGCUACAGCCACUUACAAUUUCUUGUCUCGGAACUCAUGAAAAGGGAACAAUGGGCGAUAAAAAUGAUAGAUGCGACAGGCAAGAUUCCGUCCGGAUUGCUGGAAGGAAACAUGGUUUGGCCAGGUUCCUAUGAUGAAUGCCUAAAUGUGAAUGUUGCCGGGAAGUUUGAUGGGCAAUACUGUACAGCUACUCUUUCCCUCGCAUCAAGUUUGGGAUCCAUUUUUCCGAUGGCAGCGAUGAUAGACUUACGUAUGGGUGUGUGUAUGCCGGAUAGCUGUACCGCACAGGAAACCAAAACCGUAUUGAAUACUCUUUUUGGUUUGCUGCCUCUGGGUGAGAACAAGCUCCAAGCUUCUAAAAUCCAAUGUUCCGAGCGUGCAGAGUACGACGAUUUGGCAAUAGGAGGACUUACAAUGUGCGGGGUGUUUGUUGUCCUGAUGACGCUAUCAACCUUGUUCGAUGUUAUGUACAAUCAGCACCAGAACAAACCUAACGAGACGGCCCCGCAGGAGAAUGGAGUUUCUCCAGAGAGUAAAUACCAGGUUAACGGGGACGUGAAACCUACAAAACCGAAACAACCAGGCAUAAUGGCGAGGCUUGCCAUGACAUUUUCUGUGUACACUAAUGGCCGAAAGUUGAUGAGCACAGAACAGGGAGGUGGCACUCUUGGAGCUAUCAACGGAAUUCGUUUCCUGAGUAUUUCCUGGGUGGUCCUUGGACAUUCAUUUUCUUCCGGUCUGAAUAAUCUUCAAAACCCAACUUUUAUUCAGAAUUUUUUGAGUAACUGGACAUCUAUGCCUAUGGUCAAUGGUCUUCUGUCUGUGGACUCAUUCUUCACACUCAGUGGACUUCUGGUGUCCUACCUGUUCAUGAAGGAGAUGAAAAGAGAGAAGGGGCGUAUCAACUGGUUCAUGUUCUACUUCCAUCGAAUCUGGAGGCUAACACCAGCUUACAUGUUGGUGCUAUUUUUCGAUGUUUCACUCUUCCGUUAUUUCGGUGACGGACCCUUCUGGGCUAAAGAGGGAAUUGAGCCCUUUUGUAAAGAUACCUGGUGGACAAAUAUCCUCUAUAUCAACAAUGUCUACAGGAGGAGGGAAAUGUGUUUCGGUUGGUCGUGGUAUCUGGCCAAUGACAUGCAGUUUUAUGUGGUGAGCCCACUCCUUCUGGUGCCCCUUUAUUUCUCCAAGAAGAUUGGACUUUUUGUCAAUGCUUUGGCCUUAUUGGGGAUCACAAUAGCUACCGGAGUUAUAUCAGGACACUACGAGCUAUAUCCGUCCAUGUAUACUGGUGACUUCACACAAAUGAUGAUAAAUUUGGAUCACUACUUUUACGACUACUAUAUUGUUCCUUGGUGUCGCAUGGGACCUUAUAUCGUUGGCAUAGUAACCGGGUACAUCAUCUACCGCACUGAUGGCAAAUUCAAAAUACCAAAGGGCAUGAAUGUGUUGAUUUGGAUCGCCAUAGCCGUGGCCGCGUGUCUGGUGGUGUACGGAAUUAACGGUCCCGUCAAUGGACAUAGCUGGAGUAACGGUGUAAACGCCCUCUACAACGCCGUGCAUCGCUCCGUGUGGGGAAUGUGUGUUUGCUGGGUUAUCUUUGCCUGUGUCACGGGAAAUGGAGGUAUCGUUAACGACUUUCUGUCGUGGAAGCUGUUCGUCCCCCUCGGUAGACUUAGCUAUUGUAUCUAUCUGACACACAUACUCGUUCUACAGCAUUACCUGCAAAGCUUGCGCCAACCAAUUUAUGGCACGACUUUGGAAUUCACUUUCAUUUUCCUUGGAACAUUAUUACUAUCGCUCCUGGUGUCCAUUGUCGCCUCCUUGGCUUUCGAGGCUCCAAUGAUGGCCUUGGAGAAAGUCAUCUUCCGACGAGGCAAAAAAUAAAACAUACACACAUUUCGGGAAAAGAAUAUUAGAAGUAAUAGUUUAUCAAGAGGAUUCGAAGUGCUGUCCGUCAUGUCAGGAAUGCGAUGAUAAUACGUCUAUCUUUGACAGUUUAAUUUUACGUAUUUUGUAGUGAUUUAUCAUUAAAAUACCCGCUCUUUGACA